ACGCCCAAUGCACUUCCGUUACCACCCCAACUCCAACUUCUUCAGCAACACAAGUGAUUAAGUGUACAGACAGAAACACAUACUGCAAAACCAGAAGAAAAGGGGCAAAAAUGGAGGUUGAAUUGAAGGACAUGAUUGAAGAUCUGGAAUCUUUGAAGCAAUCAUUACCUGAUCCUUCUCUUCACUCCUCAAUCGACAAGUUGCGAUUGCGUGUCGAAAAUCUCACAAAUAUGGCAAAGUCGGUACCUGUUCGGCGUUCAAAAGUCAAGGAUAUGAGUGCUGAGGUGGUAGAUAGCAACCCUUAUAGUAGGCUCAUGGCACUUCAAAGAAUGGGCAUUGUUAAGAACUAUGAGAGAAUACGGGAGUUCUCAGUUGCCAUAGUUGGAGUUGGUGGUGUUGGAAGUGUUGCAGCUGAGAUGCUCACAAGGUGUGGCAUAGGUCGUCUUUUAUUGUACGAUUAUGACAAAGUGGAGUUAGCUAAUAUGAAUAGACUAUUUUUUCGUCCAGAGCAGGUUGGUAUGACAAAGACUGAUGCAGCUGUUCAGACCCUUUCAGACAUAAAUCCUGAUGUUGUGCUUGAAAGCUACACACUAAACAUCACAACUGUGCAAGGCUUUGAUACCUUUAUGUCAAGUUUAAGAAACAAAUCAUUUUGUCCAAGUAAAGAAGGUACUGGAGUGGAUCUGGUCUUAAGCUGUGUAGAUAAUUAUGAAGCAAGGAUGGCUGUAAACCAGGCGUGCAAUGAGUUGAAUCAGACAUGGAUGGAGUCUGGUGUAUCUGAGGAUGCUGUUUCUGGGCAUAUACAAUUACUAAUUCCUGGAGAAACUGCCUGUUUUGCUUGUGCACCGCCUUUGGUUGUAGCAUCUGGAGUGGAUGAAAGAACGCUCAAGCGCGAGGGAGUUUGUGCCGCAUCUUUACCUACUACAAUGGGAGUUGUUGCUGGGCUUCUAGUUCAAAAUACACUUAAGUUUUUGCUGAACUUUGGAUAUGUUUCCCCUUACUUGGGAUAUAAUUCCCUUAAAGAUUAUUUUCCAACCAUGGCAAUGAAACCCAAUCCCCAAUGUUCAAAUGCAGCUUGUCUAGAGCGGCAGGAAGAAUAUAUUCUGGCAAAGCCAGCCAGGGAUGCUGCAGCUAAAGCCAAGAUGGAGGCUGAAGCAUUAUCAGCAACAGAAUGUCAACUUCAUGCUGAUAAUGAAUGGAACAUAAGUAUUGUUGAUGAUAGCGAGCAGGAUAGGAUGGAUGGCACAAGUGCAGAUGCCCUUCCCGAAGGUCUUACUCGUGAACUCCCAAGUGCAGAUGAAUUUCAAAAGUCCUCUGUUCCUGGAUCAACAGAUACUUCGGUUGAUGACCUUGAAAUUCUCCGGAGGCAACUUGAUGCCCUUAAUGCUGAUUAAUAUCAAAAUUUUAAUCCAGUCAAAAUCUGCCAGAAACAUUUGGGGAUCUACACUUGUAACUGUACCCUUUGUGGGCUAUGAUGCGGUCUUAGUUUGAUCUCAGGUGUGAAGCUAUAGUAUACAAUACAACCAUACUUUGUUGUUUUAAAAACUAUUUAGGGUUUACCCUUAACAUGUACGAUCUCCAUACCAUAAUUCUUCAUUUUGUAGCAUUGGAUUUAUACAAGGGGAAACCGGGAAAUGGCCAGCCCCAAAAUUUUGUGCUUGCUAGAGACUAGAGCAUAGGUUUAAACCGUGCUUUGUUACAUGGUCAUAACUUUUUUUUUUUUUUCCC